AGAAAUUCAAGUCCCAAUCUCCUACCCAUACCGCUCUUUCCACUCCAGGGUCGUCUUUAUAAAGUUUCAGGGUCCUGUCCUCUUCGAAUUGUUUAUUCUACUAUCCGUUUCAUUCACUUCACUCCCCGCAUAACUUUAUAUCACUCUUAAUAUCCAUCAUGUCUCCCGCUGCGCUCGAAAAGGAAGACCAUACUCGCGAUGCCGAGUUCAACAAAGCCAUGCACGGCAAGUCUGCAAAGGCUCGCGGUGGCAUGACUGCUAUGUUGCAAAAGGACAAGGCUGCCCAGCAAGCCGCUGUCGACGAGUACUUCAAGCAUUGGGACAACAAGGCCGCUGGCGACGAGACUGAGGAGACCCGCAAAGAACGACGAGACGAAUACGCCACGCUCACAAGACACUACUACAACCUCGCAACCGACCUGUACGAGUACGGUUGGGGACAGUCUUUCCACUUUGCCCGCUACGCAUAUGGCGAGUCCUUCUACAAGGCCAUUGCCCGCCACGAGCACUACCUUGCCCACAAGAUGAACCUCCAGGACAACAUGCGCGUGUUGGAUGUUGGCUGUGGUGUGGGUGGACCCGCCCGCGAGAUUGUCAAGUUCGCUGGUGUCAACGUCGUUGGAUUGAACAACAACGACUACCAGAUUGAGCGUGCCACUGCCUACGCCGAGAAGGAGGGUCUCUCGGACAAGCUCAAGUUCACCAAGGGUGACUUCAUGCAAAUGUCUUUCCCCGACAACUCUUUCGAUGCCGUCUACGCCAUCGAGGCCACUGUCCACGCACCAUCGCUCGAGGGCAUCUACAGCGAGAUCUUCCGCGUUCUCAAGCCCGGCGGUGUCUUUGGUGUCUACGAAUGGCUCAUGACCGACAAGUACGACAACGACAACCCCCACCACCGCGAGAUCCGUCUCGGAAUCGAGAUUGGUGACGGUAUCUCGAACAUGGAGAAGAUUGAGGUUGCGCUCGAUGCCAUGAAGAAGGCCGGCUUCGUCAUGGAGCACAACGAGGAUCUGGCAGACAGGGACGACCCUUACCCAUGGUACUGGCCUCUGUCCGGUCAGCUGAAGUACAUCAGCACCAUUGGCGACAUUCCCACCAUCCUUCGCAUGACCAAGGUCGGACGUGGCCUCAUCCACAAGUUCGUCGGUGGUCUUGAGAUGAUCGGUCUCGCCCCCAGGGGUACCCAGAAGACUGCCGACAGUCUUGCUCUUGCAGCAGACUGCCUUGUCGCUGGUGGCAAGGAGAAGCUCUUCACGCCCAUGUAUCUCAUGGUCGGAAGGAAACCGGCCGACGCAUAAGCCUUCGAUUCUCGCUUCCCUUUGCAUUAGACUUCUCUUCGCAUCUAAAAUCUCGUGGGUCUGCGAGCUAUUCCUUCGAUAUAGGAGCAUCAUCUCCUGGCAUUUGCAUCACGCGCAUUGGAGACGCGCAUAUAUACUGUAAUAUUUGGAAGUAGGGCACGGCUAGGGACGGUCAUGGUAACGCGAAAUGUGGUGCUAUAGAGAAUAGAAGUAAUCCUCAUCUGAAUAUUUUGACC